GUGACGUUAGAUCAUGAACUGUGCUGUGUUGUCACCAGCUGUUGUCUGCAAGACGGUGGAAAAGUGGAUGUACCUCGACUGAUCGUGAGCCGACACGAGUCACACCGCAGCGCUCAGCAGCACGUUCACAGCCGGAACAUGGUGCCGGGUGACUGAUGGGAACACUGGAGCCUCGCCAGUCUCCCACUGAGAGUCCCAGUUACAUAACUGAAGGCAUCGAUAAAGACACUAAACUGUGAUAACGGACUAGUGCCAACACAGGUCGGAGUUGAAGCCAUUUUUCUCUGCUUAUACAGCUGGGUUCAAACUCAGACCGUUUGUACGUCCUACAGUAGGUAGGAGUGCUCUGAAGUGGCCCCACCGCCAUCAUGAACGUGGGCACGGCGCACAGCGAGGUUAACCCCAACACCCGAGUGAUGAACAGCCGAGGAAUGUGGCUGUCUUACAUCCUGGGAAUCGGCCUCCUGCACGUCAUCCUGCUCAGCAUUCCCUUCGCCAGCGUGCCCGUGGUCUGGACCCUCACCAACCUCAUUCACAAUCUGUGCAUGUAUCUACUACUUCACACGGUCAAAGGGACGCCGUUUGAGACCCCAGAUCAGGGCAAGGCUCGCCUCCUAACACACUGGGAGCAGAUGGACUACGGUGUGCAGUUCACUGCUUCACGCAAAUUCCUCACCAUCACACCUAUUGUCCUGUAUAUACUAACCAGCUUCUACACCAAAUACGAUCGGGCCCAUUUUGUGGUCAACACUGUUUCCUUGCUCACUGUACUCAUCCCCAAGCUGCCACAGCUGCACGGCGUGAGGAUCUUUGGGAUUAAUAAGUACUGACAAGGCGGAAGAGGACACCUCCUUCCUGAAGUCCCCGCGGACUGCUGAGAGCACACAGAGUAUCAGGCCUCUGAUUUGGCUGCAGAUCCAACGAGGAUCCGUGGCUCCCUGGCUCCUGACUCUGCUGAGCGGCACUCUAAAUGAAGCCUCCUGGGGAAACUGCCAUGGUACCAAACCCCAGGAAAGUGACACAAUACACUUUAAAAAGAGCACAAAGGGAACAUGUGUGUUGUGACUGUUAGUGGCCGAGACUCUUUAGAUUAAAAAGGGAGUAUUAUGAUUAUGUUCAUUUCUGUAGAAAUGACAGUUUUCUGACGUGACAGGUGUCAGGAGGAGAGGACAAUGUAGUUGCACAAUAUUAUGUGCCAUUUUACACUCUGGCACACUGAGGCUGUAAUCAAAAGUUAUUUUGUAUGUAAUGAUACACUGCUGUAUUUAUUCAGCUGCACUUCAGCGAGAUGCUUCCUCUGUCUUGAGGUUUCUGGGCUUUGAGGAGAGUAACAAUACUUUAAUGAAACAGUGAGGGACCUGUGAACUGCUGCAGAGGCGAGACACGAGAAACCACAAGGUUUUAUAUUUAGCCUUCGCUGUUCCGCUCAGGGCCAAGAUUGGGAAGUUAAGCAACUCUUAUUUUUAUCUGACCAUUUCCAUAUUUGGACUCCUCUUGUCCUGGUUUGUGUCACAGCAAAGCCUCCUGUCUGCAGAGUUGUCAAGAGCAAGAACACUCUACUGACUUAAUAUAACCAAAAGUCCUGAAAUAGGAGUUAAGAGAUAAGUAUUAUGUCCAUACUUUAUCCAUAGUUACAUUAUAGGGACUCAUGCUUGUCACUAAAAGUAGGCUACUUAAGACCUGUCACAUUAGAAUGAGCUUCUUAUGUCUGCAUCUCAGUUUGGAACCUGCAGGCAAAUCACAUACUUGAGUUACCAGUUUAUUAGGUACGCCUGUGCAGUCUAAUGCAGUCUAAUGUAGCCUUGCAGCAAAUUUCUGAGGUGUUUCUAAUAUUUUGUUCACCCCCAUUUACAAACAUGAAACUGAUAAUUUCAUUAAUGAAAACUGACUCAACGUGUUUUGUCAUGACUAAGACGAGACGAUGACGAGACGGUACCAACAUCAUUAAACACUAACUAUGACAGUAUCAACAUGCAGUAUUCUUGAUGAAGAAAAACGGGACUAAAAUGUAGUUUAAAAUCUAAAAACUUUGCUAAAACUUCAUAAUUUUUGUCGACAAAAUGAGGGGAUGAAAUAUUACAGAUAUUUUUAUUUAUUUAUUUAUUUAUUUAUUUAUUCAAUGUAGCACUUGUGUUUCCUGUGCUGCAUUCGAUAGGUCACGACUACAUCUGCAGCACACAGUGAGCACUGUCAGGAGGACUCAUAGUAAAUCAGUACCAUCAGACCACUGGACACUCUGUGCAAAGCUGAAUUCUUACACCUCCUCCUAUCAUUCAGAGGGCCAGCAAACUCUGGCGGAUGGAGCACUGAAAAGUGUUCACAUCUGUUGUAUUAUUGUAUGGAAUUACUCAAAGCUCAGUAAUCUUACAUUUACUGUUUUAAUUGUAAAAGCCUAACCAGGGACAAGGGUUGCAAGCGUUUUUUCUGAACAAGCGAAGCAGGUUAGGACAUCUUCACUGGGAAACACUGAAACAGUCUGAACUUCGCUCACUUGUUGGCGUCGCGUCCAGUUUGGAAGAGGUGUAAAUCAUUCAACCUGUGUUUUUCAUCAGAUAAUAAGAUAAAAUCAUGUGUGAAGUAACUUUGACUAACAUGACAGAAUUACUAGUUGUGACUGGACGAGACUGACUUAAAAUGUUAAUAGUUUUCUUUGAGUAAAACUACACUAAAAUAGUUAUGGUUUUCUUUGACUAAGACAGGAGUGAAAUGCCUAGACUUUUAGUUAAAUAAAACUGUACAGAGUGCUGCAGGAAUGAGUCUGAAAACCCAGAAACGAGUUAUCAUUUUAGCACCUCUGGUUCCCUCGUCUUGAAGUCAAUGGGUGUUUGGUUAAAUACCUGAGUUAAGGUCUGUGGUUAACCCAAACUCAAGAGACUUUUACGUUUUGUUCUACAACAUAAAACUAUGCAAAUGAAUACCUCGCUCCUGAAUUUUUAAGCUUUAACGUGACUUUUAAAAAAGCAUUUGUUAAUAAGUGGCUCAAUGAGACUUUAGAACAUCAUCAAGACAAACACGGCUUUACAUCCAUGCUAUGGUGGCGACGUUCAGUCAUGCAUCCGUGGUGUAGUUCCUUUGUAGCAUAACGUUAGCAUUUUACUUCUGGCGGUUGCAUUUACUCCUAAAGAAUCAUAAAAGUGGUUCAUCUGUGGAGAUAAUUUUACUAAUCAAAAUGUAACAUAUGAUAAAAGUUUGUUUGCCACAGAGCUUAUUUCCUGCAAUAAUCAGAAAUCCAAUAAAAAAGUCUCAUUGGAUUUUUGUCAAGGGAACCAGGGCGAUGCUAACUUCAAGGUUCGCCUACAAAAAAACACCAUCCCUGCAGCACCCUAUGGAAAAAAUAUCUCAGUAAAUGAACACUAAUACGAAAGGGGCAGAAUAGUAGAAACACCUCAAAAUGAUAUCCGAUUAAAAUCCACGUUGUUUAAGAACAUCAAGUUCUUCCUCGCCAGCCUGUCAGAAUCUUCUUUAGGACUCCAGGAAACUGCAGUGAUACUGUAUUAUCUGCUGAAGGGAGCUAUGUUAGAAAGCUACUCUGUAUUACUUAGUAAGAAUGUCUAAAUGGUAAUAUGUCACUGUUAAUGUCAAAGUUAAGGGAACAUUUUUGUUUUAAGUUUUACAUAUUGCUAGUCAGAUGCAUGUACAUGAUCUUUUUUGCAGUGAAAGGUGGACGUGUCCAUGAAUCAUUUCACAACGGCAGUAAACGUGAAGUAAUAAGUAAUGAUAUUAAAUUACAAGGAAACCACAACGUAAGUAAUGAGUAGCCAAAACUAUAUAGUCAUUAAAGAAAUGUGAUAAAAUUGUGUAGAAUACACCAUAAUAUUAGAAUUAUGUUUUAAACACUAUGCUGCAAUAAGAGACAAAAAGUAAAGUUAUUCUCUUUCACUAAAUGUUAUGAUACCAAUGUUUCCUGUAGCUUUUAGAGAAAGAUCUGAAGAUUGAAUAUCUUACUUGAACAUAAGAAAUGAAACUGUAUCCCAUAUUUUAUCGAAAUAUGUUUACGAAUAAUAACCCGAACAGUGUUGGCCACACAGCUGACUCUCAGCAGUAGUAUUAGCAGUAGCCAUAGUAGCAUAAAUAUUAAUAUUACUGUAGUAGUGAGAAAACCAGUUCCAUGUUUUAAAGUAGACAAAGAGACAGUUUUGAUGAAAUUGUGAUUCAUGCCUUUUCACAUUAAUUACAGCUGAGCCCAAAACAGUUCCACUUUAUUUCUUUUUGGCAGGUUGAUGUGUUUAAUUGGCGUAGUUUGUAACCGAUGCGUUGAUCCAACCAAACACGGACCAAAGAAUUGUGGGUUUGUAAAUACCAGUUGAUCUUCUGCAGCAUUCAUUUCUUCAUCAUGAUGUUUCUGAGAUAUUGUCACCAUAAAGGGCUUUACUGGUAUAAUAUUUCAUAGCACAGUGAUAAUGCAUUUUUUUUUAACAGUUCUUUGAAAGAAGGUUGAAUUGAAUGUUGAUUAAAUGUGAAUCGGUGGUUUCUGUUUGUUGAUCAGUGUAGUAGUGAGCUUUAUGAAGGAAAUGUCAAUGUGAUCCUCUGUAAGAGUGCUUGACCCCAAAUACAGUAUUUUUCAAGUAUCAUCACAAAA